AUGCCAGUCGUGCGACUCAACCUACUCCAGUUGUUCUGGCACCGGACCGUCCUCCUGCCUCGGAUGCUCCGACAAUACACAGGACCUGCGCGCAGGAUGGGGUUCGCCGCGAAUUGCAGUAGUUCUUCGACGGUUCUCCCUGGAUUGGGCGUCUGCCUCUCCGAGCUGGUAUCCGUGCCCCAGCACGCUGGGACGGGCACGGCGCCCCCGCUGCCCACUAUCACGGGCCUCGACACGCCCACCGUCGUCACGAACUCGGGAGUGGUGGCAAAUCCUCCUCAUGGCCUUGGGCUGCACGUUCAUCUUGCUUGUGAUCGUAUGGCUGUUCAGGCGGUGCACGAGGAAGGCGCGCGAAGCGCACUGCGGCGUUCGCGUUCGCGCAUGGGACGCCGCCACCGUCUGGCACUAGCUACAGGACUGGUCAAGAAACAGAUACAGAAGGCCAUCGCUGACGCCAUCACCACUGGCAUGGAGUAUGUUGACGGACAACUCGUGGCCGUUCGUGAUGGCAUGCAGGAAGCUAAGUAA